GCGGGAGGCGGCGGAGCGGGACGUCGACGGUGGCCGCUCGCGCUCGGGCUCCGCGUCUGGGUCGCCGUUGGGCUCGGAGCAUCCGGGGGCCGGGUCGGGGGCUCGGGACGCGAGAGGUGCCGGGGCCAUGGGCCGGCGGGGGCUGGGCCCGGGGCCCCGCUGAGCUCGAGCCGAGCCCGUGCAGACCAUGGCGGGCGUACCCGCGGGCGCCGAGGCGGCCGGCGCCGCUUUGGGCCCGGCCCAGGAAGAGGCGCCGGCCCCGGCCCCGGAGCAGGCCACGGCCGGCGCUGGAGACGCCGUAGCUGCCGGGCUCAAGGCCGCCGCCAAGCGCGUCACCUUCCCCUCGGACGAGGACAUUGUGUCCGGAGCCGUGGAGCCCAAGGACCCCUGGAGACACGCCCAGAAUGUGACAGUGGAGGAGAUUAUCGGCGCCUACCAGCAGGCCUGCCACAAACUGAACUGCAGACAGAUUCCCAAGCUCAUCAAGCAGAUCCAGGAGUUUACUGACUUGGCACAUCGCAUCGACUGCCUCGAUCUGAAAGGAGAGAAGCUGGACCACAAGGCCUGUGAGGCCCUGGAGGAAAUCUUCAAGCGGCUGCAAUUCAAGGUGGUGGACUUGGAGCAGACGAGCCUGGAUGAGGAUGGCGCUUCUGCGCUGUUUGACAUGAUCGAGUAUUAUGAGUCAGCCACCCAUCUCAACAUCUCCUUCAAUAAGCACAUUGGCACGAGAGGCUGGCAGGCAGCUGCUCACAUGAUGCGGAAGACAAACUGCCUGCAGUACCUGGACGCCCACAACACCCCCCUGCUGGACCACUCGGCCCCCUUUGUGGCGCGGGCCCUGCGCAUAAGCAGCAGCCUCACCGUGCUGCACCUGGAGAAUGCCAGCUUGUCAGGGCGCCCUCUCGUGCUUCUCGCCGCCGCCCUCAAGAUGAAUAUGAAUCUUCGGGAGCUGUACCUGGCCGACAACAAACUCAAUGGGCUCCAAGACUCAGCCCAGCUCGGGAACCUUCUCAAAUUCAACUGCUCCAUCCAGAUCUUGGACCUGCGGAACAACCAUGUUCUAGACUCAGGUCUGGCCUACAUCUGUGAGGGCCUGAAGGAGCAGAGGAAGGGGCUGACUACGCUCGUUCUUUGGAACAAUCAGCUGACACACACAGGCAUGGCUUUCCUGGGAAUGACGCUGCCCCAUACCCAGAGCCUGGAGACUCUGAAUCUGGGCCACAAUCCUAUUGGAAACGAAGGGGUCCGGAACCUCAAAAACGGACUGAUUGGGAACCGCAGCAUCCUGCGCCUGGGCCUGGCAUCGACCAAACUGACAUGCGAGGGAGCCGUGGCAGUAGCAGAAUUCAUUGCCGAGAGCCCGCGCCUGCUUCGGCUGGACCUUCGGGAGAACGAGAUCAAGACUGGGGGGCUGAUGGCCCUGUCCUUGGCCCUCAAAGUCAACCAGUCACUGCUGCGCCUCGACUUAGACCGGGAGCCCAAAAAGGAGGCAGUAAAGAGCUUCAUCGAGACCCAGAAAGCCCUCCUGGCAGAGAUCCAGAACGGUUGUAAGCGGAACUUUGUCCUGGCCCGCGAGGAGGAGGAGAAGGAGCAGCGGCUGCAGCUCUCGGCCUCCAUGCCCGAGAUCACAGUCACUGAGCCUGCCCGAGAGGAGGCCGCUGUGCUGGGAGAGCCGGCCGAGGAGGCCAGGGAGAACGGGGACCUGACCAGGGCCAGGCCUGAGGCUCCGGGGCCCACCGAGGACUCAGAUUCUGACACCGAGGACUCAGAGGAGGACGAGGAUGAUGGUGGCCGAGAGAUUCGAGUGACGUGUGGCCCCGCAGUUCAGCUUUCCACCAUUCCUGGGAACUCCCUGAGCUCCAGGGACAGGACCCCUCCGGGCAGCCCGAGCCCCUCAGCUCCCGAGGCUCUGCCUGAGAGCCCCAGCGGGCCCAGGCCAGAGGGGCCGGGUGCCGAAAAACGCAUAUCGGUGUCCAGCCCUGGCCGAGGACACAAAGUGUUUGUGGUGACUCGGGUAGAGAGCCCCCCCGAAAAGGUGGGCGAAGCCCCGGCCAACAGGUCGGGGGUCGGGGCCGGCCCUCCAGACCUACCACUGCCCAAUGGGCUGAAGCCAGAGUUUGCUCGAGCACUGCCCGAUUCCCCUUCCAGCCAUGGAGGACCGGAGGGCAAGGGUGGAGGCUGUGGCCUCGAGCAUGAACUCAGUUGCUCCAAGAACGAGAGGGAGCUCGAAGAAUUACUUCUGGAAGCCAGUCAGGAGUCAGGGCAGGAGACACUGUGACACCUGAGAGCUUUCUCUGGUCAGGCUUCAAUGAUCUGAGGCCCCGCCCUGUGCCCCGGAGCCAGACCGCCCUCUGUUCCAGCUCUCCAGGAUCAGGGCCGCCCACGGGGCUGGGGGAAGCAGGCGCCUGAGGAAACACUACGAGGGACCCUGGGGAAGCACAUCAGCCCCCUUCCUUCCCUGGUGCCCCAGGGCCCCAUCUAAGCACCUCUAUUUAUUUCCCCCUCCCCUCUCUGAGGACAGGCAGGCCCAGGGGGUGGAAGGAGGUGGGUUCUCUCAGGGAGGCACGGGGAGGGAGGUGCGCACAAUUGGGUCACCCCAGGGGGGCGGUGAUGGUGAUGUGGCUGAGGAGCAUCCGGGCAGCAGAGAUGCUGGGGAGGUGUGGGGGGUGGCCGGAGAGGGGCCGGCCAUGCAGGUGGAGGCUGAAGCUGAGAGCUCUCUUUACUCAAGUGCAAUAAAUUUAUCAGGGAGCUAGCAGGUGUCCAGGCGGCCCCCUGGGGUGGCGUGGGCUCCCUUGCAGGAGCAGGGAGCCCGCUGCCUGGCAUUCCGCCUGGGGAUCGGUCUCGGAGAGGAAGCGAGGGGGGGGGGGCCGGGAGGAGACCCUGGAGGGGCCCCUCUUCCCUCCCCGAGACACACAUCUCUGGUCAGACUUUUUCUAUUAAAUGCCUCCGUCGCCAGCA